AUGGGUUUUACGGAUAAGGAAGCGGUGACCAAUGGUUAUGAUGAAGGGCUUUUCACCACUGAGGAGGCGUUGGGGAAGGUGGAUUCUAAUAGUGGGAGGAUUAGAGAUGGAGGGAGAUAUAGGGUGUCACCACCACUAAAAGAACUGAGAACCAUCACCACUAAAAGAACCAACGAACACCACCACCACUUCCUCCGCCAUCAAACACCACCUAUUUCGCCGUCAAACACCACUAGUUGA